AUGCGUCUUGCAGAUGCAAUCCUACUCUGCGCGGGUGCUGACCUUGCAGCUGCCCUAAAUGUUGGCCCGAACUAUCAAUAUCCCCUUGAAGAUCUGGACAAAGAUCUGCCCUUUUCCCAGCCUGUGACAUUUGCGCACUUGGAAUGGCAACGUUGUUUAGCGGAGUCGCAUAAUAAGCCUCUAGACAUUGCCGUUCUGGGCUUUCCUUAUGACACCUCUACUUCCUACCGUCCAGGCGCUCGCUUCGGCCCGAGAGGUAUUCGGGCUGGAUCGUCCAGGGAGAAGAAAGGGCGUAGUUAUAACACCGUGUGGGAGGUUGACCCCUACGAACAGGGGCUAGAAAUUAUCGACUGUGGAGACGUGCCCAUCACGCCAUUUGAUGCCAGCCAUGCGUUUAAGCAGAUGGAACAGGCGUAUCGACAGAUUCUCUAUCAUCCGACCACCGAUCAGAAUGAAUGGGAACAUCCCCGCAUCAUCAGCCUUGGAGGAGAUCACUCUAUAGUCUUGCCAAUUCUGCGUAGUCUGAAGACAGUUUAUGGUCCCAUCUCCGUCAUUCAUCUCGAUUCGCACCUUGACACAUGGGAUCCUUAUGAAGGCUAUACGGGAAUCGUUUCGAACCAGUCUGCCAUCACCCAUGGAACCUUCUUCUGGCAUGCGAGCCGAGAAGGGUGCAUCAGCAAGGGCACCAGCGUUCAUGGCGGUCUGAGGACCAAGCUCUUCAGCCCGAAAGACUAUGAAAUCGACAGGGAUGUUGUCGGAUUCACCAUAAUUGAAGCUCAUGAGAUUGACGAUAUUGGCAUGAGUGGCAUCGUCAAGAAAGUCAGAGACGCAGUUGGCAAUACGCCAGUGUAUCUUUCCAUCGACAUUGAUGGCAAGUUGGGACCGCCCCAUCAUGACGAAUGUUUAACUAACAACGCUACAGUCCUCGAUCCGAGCAUUGCUCCAGCUACUGGAACGCCAGAGUCAGGCGGCUGGACAACGAGAGAGUUGAAGCGAUUCCUCAAGGGUCUUGAAGGACUCAACCUGGUCGGUGCUGAUGUCGUUGAAGUCAGCCCGCCUUAUGACUCUGUGGCCGAGACAACUUCCGUCGCUGCCGCUGACUUAAUUGUCGACAUCCUGGCUGGUAUGACGAAGAAGAAGACUUUUGAUCCGCCCAGAAACGAAAAAGACGAGUUGUAG